CUCUCACUUGUCACCGUUGGUACGAAUGUAAAAUGACAAGGGUUUGAAAAUUAUUUAAUAUCGCACAUGUUCAUAUUGUUAUUUACAAAAUAAAUGUAGAUUUUACAACUUUGUGCAUUCGUAAACAAUCAUCCAAAUAACAUGGAUUUUAUUGUGGAUACCGUGGGCGAUGAAGACCUCCAAGACAAAGCUGAAUUACUGAAAAAAGAUGAAAAACUUUUCAUAGAUAAAGAAAAGAAGACUGAAGCUAUUUUAGAUUUAUUUGAUAAAAAGAAAGCAGAAUUGGACGAGCAACUUGCGAGAGAAGAAGCUGUCGAAAACAAGUUGAAAAAUCUGAAAAUAGAUGGAUUAUUUGAUGAUUUCUUCAAUGAUAUGAUGUGGACUAAUUCGCUACUAACGGUAAAAAAGGCAAAACCGGUCUUAUUUCAAUUCAAUCAAUUGGAUAAAGAGACAGGAAAGCUUAAGUCGAAAAUUGGUUCCGUUGAUGUUGAAAAAGAGAUGAAAAAAUCAGUUCUGCAGCCGGGUAUUGAAAAAGAACAUUCACUACCAAAGUACAAUGUCAGUGAGAAGAAAUUAAGAUCCCUUCGGAAGCAAGAAAGGUUAAAGACCAAGGGACCAGGCUGGUUUAACAUGCCUGCUCCAGAGAUAACACCAGAACUGAAGAAUGACCUUAGAUUAUUGAAGAUGAGGUCUGCUUUGGACCCAAAACGUUUCUACAAGAAGAAUGAUAUGGAAGUCCUGCCUAAGUAUUUCCAGGUUGGCCGUAUUAUGGACUCACCUUUAGAUCAUGUCAAUGAAAGGUUAACUAGAAAAGAAAGGAAGAGAACAAUGGUUGACGAACUGUUAGCAGAUGCACAACUUCAGAAAUACAAUAAAAAGAAAUACAAAGAGAUCAUAGAUGAAAAGAGAAAGACUCAAUACAAGACCUUCAUGAAGGAUAAGAGAAAGAAGAAUAAAGCAGAACUGAAAAAGAGUAAGGCUAAGUCUAAGCAGAGUAAAUAAGUGUACAUACACAAUGUUUGUUCUUUUUAUUUUACUAGUAAAUAAGAUGUAAUAUGAGAUAAUAAGUAAGUAAGCUGAUGAUUUACAGAAUAAAUAUUUACUAUUCACUUAAAAGUAUCGCA